CACAGGAGAACAGAAUCUUAAGCAGUUGGCCGAACAACAUUUUUGUUAUAUAUUUAGCUUAUGAUGACAUGGAGGCAGUAGGUCGUUUUGCCACAGGGGUGUAGAUUUUGCGUGAUUUCCCCCCACUGUUUUGUCCUAUUUGAUUUUCUUCUGCGAUGAAACACUGGAGUAAAUAAGUGCCCUAACAAAAAAACAACAAAAAAAGAAGAAGGCGAUGCUAAGCUAACAGCUAGCUAAUGAAGUGCUUUCUACUUGCCGUUCUCUCAAUGCUGCUUGUCUCCAGACGAGGGGAGCUUUGAGAGCACCAUGUCCUGCUGUGGCAACUUGAUUUGGGAUGUGAGGAGACGCUCCAUCGGUUACAGCGAUCCUAAUAUUUUCCGAACGAACUAUUUAGGCAGAAGAGAAUUUGUGCAGCGCCUGAAGCUUGAAGCUAUACUUAAAGUGCACGAUGGCUGUGUUAACACCAUAUCCUGGAAUGACACGGGAGAAUACAUCUUAUCAGGAUCUGAUGACACUAAUUUGGUCAUCACAAACCCCUACAACAGAAAGGUCAAAGCAACAAUUCGGUCAGGUCACCGAGCUAACAUUUUCAGUGCAAAAUUCAUGCCCCAGACUAACGACCAGCAGAUUGUGUCCUGUUCAGGAGAUGGCAUCAUCUUCUACACACACACAGAGAAGAGUCCAGACACCAAUAGGCAGUGUCAGAUGACCUGCCACUAUGGAACUGCAUAUGAGAUAAUGACAGUUCCAAAUGACCCGUACACCUUCCUGUCCUGUGGGGAGGAUGGUACAGUUAGGUGGUUUGACCUGCGCAUGAAGACAAGCUGCACAAAAGAGGACUGUAAAGAUGAUAUUUUGAUUAAUUGCCGGAGAGCUGCUACCUCCAUAGCCAUUUCUCCCCUUGUGCCCUACUACCUUGCUGUUGGAUGCUCAGACAGUUCAGUAAGAAUCUAUGACCGUCGGAUGCUUGGUACUAGAGCUACAGGUAACUACAUGGGGCGAGGGACAACAGGUAUGUGUGUGCGAUUCGUCCCUGCCCACUUGUCCAACAAGUCCUGCCGUGUGACAUCCCUAUGCUACAGUGGCGAUGGACAGGAGGUUCUGGUCAGCUACUCCUCUGACUACAUCUACCUGUUUGACCCCAAAGAUGACCAGGCCCGAGAGCUGAAGGGUCCGUCUGAGGAGAGGAGAGAGGAGCUAAAGCAACCCCCAGUCAAACGGUUGCGUCUGAGAGGAGACUGGUCAGACACCGGACCUCGUGCUCGACCCGAGAGUGAAAGAGAACGAGAUGGAGAACAGAGCCCCAAUGUGUCUCUGAUGCAGAGGAUGUCAGACAUGUUAUCACGUUGGUUUGAGGAGGCCAGCGAGGCCCAGAGCAGCAGAGCUCGUCCGCAAACUCGGCCCAGAGGUGUGGCAGCUCGGCUGCUGGGGGCGGCUCCAGCUUCAGAGAGCCCCUCUCAGGAGCCUCUGGGGGCUGAAGGCCCCAUGGAGGUGGAGUCUGCUACCUCUGACCAUUCCUCCCCACCUGCCUCGGACUCCGCCCCAGCCUCCGCCCCAGCCUCCGCCCCAGCCUCAGUCCCAGCCUCAGCUUUGGCACAGCCCCUCCCCAAAUCAAUCUCAUCCUCCUCCUCAGGUUCUUCUUCCACUGUGACAGUCUUGCCUCCCUCCACCUCUUCCUCCAUGGACAACACUGCCUCCUCUUCUUCCCUGCUGUCCUCUCCAGACUCAGAAGAGCAGAAGAGCCAGGCUGAGGUGACGACCACCAGGUCAGCCACACCUACCCCUUCCACAGAGCCUGUUCUGUCUGAAUAUGGUCCCCACAGACUCCCGGUAAGUUUAGUGUGUAGGCGUUUGCAGAGGCUGCUGCUUCUGACUGACCCCCCUGGGCAAGGCCAGCAUUCAGCCUCUCGGGCCUCAGACAGCCAAGCCCAGGGCCCUGAUGCACAGACCCGCCCACCAGCAGAUUCUCCUUCGUCUGCGGUAAACAAACAGCUUGGAUCCAUGACUCUGGAUGAGCAGCCUGGAAGCACUGAAGCAAGUAUCAGCCAGGCUUGUGCAGAAGAUGGCACUGGAACCUGCUCCUCAAUUCCUGCUGCUGAAGCUGGCAGUGAAGCCACCUCCUCCACUCAUGCUGUUGAAGAUGACCGUGGAGCCUGCUCUUCAAGUCCAGCUGCAGAAGGUGGAGCUGGCAGUGGCAGUGGGACAGGAGGAGUGGGCUCUGGCACUGGGCGAGUGGCUACAGCAACAGGCACACCUGAGCCUGUCCUGAGCCUGCAUUACAGUACGGAGGGCACCACCACCAGCACCAUCAAAUUAGACUUCACCGAUGAAUGGAGUAAUCUAGCAUCUGGCUCCAGAACUGGUGGUGGAGGACAAAGGCCUGCUCAAGCAAGGGAGAAUCAGGGGCCUGCAGCAUUAAAUCCAGAACAGGCAUUAGGAGAGUCAGUGCCAGAGGCGAGUGGGAGCUCAGAGAGUGGCACUGAGAGGGCCUCGGGAAGCUCUCAGGGAAGCACAUUGCUGCAAGGCACAGCCUUUUCAGAGAAUCCAGCAGCAGCAGCAGAAGGUUGCAAGAGGACUGAACCAGGUGUGGAAGGCACUCAGGGUUCCACUCAACCCUCACGCAGUAACCAGGACUCAGAUGACAGCGAUGAUGACCCGAUUCUCAUCCCCUCAGCCAGGUACAGAGGAGGUCAGGGACAAAGGUUUAAUUUCAGAGGCUCUGCAAUAGGUGAUAGGAUGAUCAGACGCUCAGCAGCAGCCCGUAUCCAGGAACUCUUGCGCAGGAGAAAGGAAAGGCGUGAGAUGGAGGAGAGCGAGACCAAGAACAUCAGACGCCCUGCAGUCAAAAUGAUGUACAAGGGCCACCGUAACUCCAGGACCAUGAUAAAGGAGUCUUGUUUCUGGGGAAAUAACUUUGUAAUGAGUGGCUCAGACUGUGGCCAUAUUUUCAUCUGGGACAGACAUACAGGAGAGCACCUGAUGCUUCUGGAGGCUGAUAAUCAUGUAGUUAACUGUCUGCAGCCUCACCCUUACGACCCAAUUCUUGCUUCGUCUGGAAUUGACUAUGACAUCAAAAUCUGGUCCCCACUUGAGCAGUCACCUUCGUUUAACAGAGACCUUGCUGAAGAGGUGAUAGCUCGUAAUGAACUGAUGCUGGAAGAAACGAGAAACACCAUUACUGUUCCUGCCUCCUUCAUGCUCCGAAUGCUGGCCUCACUCAAUCACCUCCGAACAGACCGAUCCGAGGGUUCUGGACAAGAGAACGAAGAUGAGUAGUAGCUCUGCUGAGAUUCUACCCUCCUCCCCUCACCACAAUCGAUCAGCAUCAUUUGCUUUAAAACAGUUGAAUAUUUGAGAUUUGUACAGGCUGUGUAGAAUAUUACCUUGUUAGAUCCAUUUGUAGUAUUCCUUUUUUAAAAAGAUGACUAUUCUACUGAUUACUUCACAUGGGAGUAAAUCAUAUGCGAGUGUGAGGAAAGAUGAAUAAAUUGCAGUAUAUAAAAAAUAUAUAAAUAAUAUAUAAAAUGUGACAGAGGUAGCUAGAUGAUGGGUGCUUGAGAAUAUUUAAAUGCAAUAUUUCUGUUGUGCAAAAGGUCUCGAUUCGAACAGUGUUUGUGUGUGUGUGUGUGUGUGUGUGUGUGUGUGUGUGUGUGUGUGUGUAAUUUUCUAGUUUUGUAGACCUGGAGUUAUGCAUGUCACAUAAAAUCAUGCUUUAAGUUUAUGUUCCGUAAAAAAGGGUUGCUACAUUAUUGUAUUGUCAAUUUUCCUUGAGUGGUUUGUCUAGACUACAUUGCUUUUUAAAAUAUGAUUUCCUCA